AUGUGUCAUCCAUUCCUGUAUCAGCUGUCAAAUCCCAUUGACGCCUACCGUGGUGCUACGGAUAUGUAUUUAAUUUUUUUCCUGACCGCAGUGAAGCACAGAACGUAAUAUCACUGUAUACAUGACUACACAACUGGUUAUUUAGCGCGUUAGUAUCGAUGACUCGGUUGUUUUUUGAAUGAAACGGGGUGCAUUGUCAAUAGUUCAGGCUGGGUGAAUAUAAACAUCAUUGCUGCUCCGAUUUUUACUGCUGACUUCUGCUGCAUUGAAACGUUGAGAGUGCAUUUUGUUCAGUAUCGAGUUUAUCUCGGAUGUAACGAUGAUUGAAGGUUAAAUUUUUUAACGAUAAUUGUGCAUGGGCGUCGGUAAUUCGCGUCUUGGAUGUCACAACGUAUGGAAAAACAGUACCUUUCACCAAGGACAUUGGGUACGGAUUUUCAUAGGGGGUUUCAGGGGAAUUUCGGUGGAUUCAGCUGAGUGUCAUUUUCAGUGUGGAAUGCAGCGAUGGCCAGUGGGAACAGUGGGAGCUUUAUAAGCAAGCCGGCCAGAGGAUGGCUCCACCCGGAUCAUCUGGUCAGCAAGGAGGGAAUCACUUACGCUGUGCGGUAUAUUGGAUGCCUAGAGGUCUACACGUCGAUGAAGAGUUUGGAUUUUGAGACAAGAUCAUGUGUAGCGAAAGAAUGCAUCAAUCGAGUCUGCGAAGCAGCAGGCUUAAAAUCUGCGGAUAAAAAAAGACGGGUUGACAGAAAAGUUCUACGAGCAAUUGCUGAUAAACCAUGCAUGGAGCAUGCGGGCUCCAACAUAAAUCUGACAAUCAGCAGCACUAGUCUAUCACUUACGACCCUCGAGACUGGCCAUGUCAUAGCUAAACACGAAAUGCCGAGGAUUUCAUUUGCUUCCGGUGGCGAUACGGAAAUACUGGACUUUGUCGCGUACGUAGCGAAAAAUAUGCAAGAAUGGCGAGCUUGUUACGUAUUGGAGUGCGGCGGCGGUCUGGCGCAAGACGUCAUAUCGACGAUUGGCCAAGCAUUCGAAUUGAGAUUUAAAGAAUUCCUUACAAAACCGUCCUCACUGCAUCCGGUGUUGAAUGGGAUUCGCGAACCAGACCGAGACUACUACAACGAUCUGCCAGGAAAAGUGCCCCCUGACAUUGGACCACCACCGGUUCCACCACUUCCUGUCACGACUUCAACCCUGCCGAAUCUUAAACAUCAUCAUUCCUCUCAGAAUCACGCACUGUCGAAUCAUAUUCAGUGUACAUUCGUCAAUGGCCGCAGACGGCAAACCCCGGGGCAACAGUGGACUGAAACUGGUAACUUAAUUGAUCUGAGUUCGGACGGUGCGGCAUCUGCUCAAUCAGAACACAAUUAUGUCAAUGACACCGUUGUUGCGGCGAGCCACGACAGUAGGCGAGAACCCUCUUCGCUCUUUGAUGCAUUUGAUAUGCAGCCAUUCAGCACAGCAAUAUCAGAGAUGAACAAAUUGAGUCCACGUUCUCAACAGCACCAAUUGAAAACAGAAGUUUGGUAUCACGGUAGUGUCAGUCGUCCAGAGGCAGAAUCAAUGCUGACUAAAGACGGUGAUUUUUUGGUUCGUGAAUCUCAAGGCUCACCGGGACAAUACGUCCUCACGGGGAUGAAUAACGGAAUUCCCAAGCAUUUACUUUUAAUCGACCCCGAGGGAGUUGUGCGAACAAAGGACCGUAUUUUUGACAGUGUCAGUCAUCUGGUGAAUCACCACUGUGACAACGCGCUUCCGAUUAUAUCCGCAGACAGUGCCCUUGUGCUUCGAUAUCCAGUCCCACGAAGAACCGAUUAUUGAUGAGAUGGUCUCUGUUCUUCCCGGAAAAAGAGAAAGUCUGAAAUGCUACUACCAAGUAGUAAUUUUAGGGGCUGGGAAAUACAGAGCCGAGAGGAUAGAAGAGAAAGUAAAAAGACUUUAGGAAAGAUUUUUACCAGUGCCACCCAACAAUCCAAUUCCCAGUUGUGAAUAGUGGAAUGAUUUAUUUCCCUUUUCUAUGAUUUUUCAGACUCCUCACUUCUUCCAUGCCUCUUUCUAUUCUUUCAAUUGGGUUGUUGCACACUUUUUAUGGAUGAAAAUCAUCAUUUUUCCAUUCAACAGUAAGAAAGCUAAUGCACAACUUAAAUUCCCAUUGAAUGUCUCAAAUUCCCGAUAUCCAAGAUUGUUCACAGGGCUAUACUUCGAUUACUUGGAUGAUAAUUUUAUUUUUGUAUUGUACUCCAGAGGCGACAGCUUGUAUGAAAGACUAAUUGUCGGUAUAUUUGAAUUUAGAGUAAAAGAUAAAAUAGAAAGAUUCAAGUUUCUUCUCAUUACUUGUCGAUAAAUGAAUAUGACCGCGGUGAUAGACUCUUUAUGAUACUUUUUUUAUAAUAUAUAUUUUCGUACAUAUAUAUUCGUAAUAGAAUACCGAGCCUCGUGACCCGUAACGUUUUUUCCUUCGUGAAAUUGAAAGAUAGUCGAUACAAUGUAUAUUAACGUUUAUUGAGAAUUUGUAACUGGAAUAGAGAUGAAUGAAGUGCGCCUGAAUCGUUGGAUUGUAAUCAUCAGUUCAUUUAAUCAUGUCAUGAAUAAAAUAUUUUACCUCAUAAAAUAUUCACUGAACAGUCUCAAUGGCUUCAUCACUGAAACCUUCAGACGCUGAUGGACCCAUAGUCAGAUAUAUUUCUGAGGGAUAAUUGUAUUUGAGUCGAUGUCUUUCCAACUGUUCUGUCUCAUUGAAGUCAUCAGCUUUCAUAUCUUCUGUGUCAGCGACUUUGAUGACUAGUGAAUUUGGAAGGAAAGCAUGAAGAUUCAAACCAGGCUCGUAAAUCUCUGCUGGUAAUUUUAAUUCAUCGGAAAACUGUUUUAUGCUACAUCCUGUGUAAAUAAAAUUAUCAUGAAAUCGACUUGAAGAGAUGUUCAUUAAAGCCACUGGCAUUACCAAUCA